CUGUGUGUCAGCGCUGUUACGACGACGACCCGUUAUUCUCCUUAUUCCCCGAGUUCGUUGUCUCCAGAUGCAUUGAGUGAUUAUCGGAAGAAACGUGAUAAGAACAACAUCGCAUCAAAACGAUCUCGCCAGAAACGUGCUGAGAAACAACGAGAAAUGCGAAACGAAAAAGAGAUGCUGGAACGACGUAAUAUUGAGUUGAAAACUCUUCUUGGCUCGCUUGAGGUCCAGCUCGUCUAUACGAUUUUUUCAACAAUAAAGGUUGAAAAUUUUUUCUCAAACGACAACCGAAGUGUGCUGAAAUUUUGA